UUGUAGUAUAUGAACUUAAAUUCAACACUGUGUUUAAAAUGUCUCUAAGCCACUACUUCAUGUCCUCCCUCUGUACUUCAGAGUCUCUGCCAGAUCUCCUCACAGCUGUGAAGAUCUUGACAGGCUCUACAGUUGAGAUCGCCGCAGCUUCCGUGGGAGAGACCACCCUGGUAAAAGCUGUCCAGAAAAUAGAGGACGAUGGAAAAGGUUUGGACUUCACACUGGAGGUGGUAGAGCCAGAGGUCCUGGAGGCAACCACAGAGGUGGGAGCUAAAGAAGCAGCAGGUGAUGAGGCAGCUGAUGAAGAAAAUGAGGAGGGGCUGAAGUCUGCAGAGCCUGAUGUGGAAUCUCCCGCUGCUGAAGAGCUUGCUGAAGAUGAAACAUCUGGUUCUGUUGCAGCAGAUGAGGAGGCAGCCUCUUUUCUGUCUGAGGAACCUACAACCUCAGCCCCAACAGUGGAGGAGGUGGGUGAGGUUGAGUCUGAAGAUCAGGCUGCGGUCCCUGAAGCUGUAUCAGAGGAGGCUGUCUCUACAGAGGCCUCACCUGAAAAUGCUGUUCUUGCCGAGGACACUACACCAGCUGAGGAGGCCACCAACACUGCUGAAGCUGCCUCAGUGGAUGUGACGACACCUGCUGCUGAGACAUCAGUGGAGGAGGCAACAGUUGAAGCAUCAGCAGAGGAAACAGUUGAAGCCGAGGCAACGCACAGUGCAGCAGCAGCAAUUGUGGACUCAACUCAGCUGGCAGCAGCCUCCUCUGGGUCAGACCUAGAGGUCCUUUCAGCUGCGGAAGCAGAAUCUACAUCAGAGGCUCCAGUACACGAGGUCAAGCAAUGCCACUCCUGCCACUCUGCUCCACUCGCAGCAGAGGACGUGGCGCCACCUGCUGCUUUGGGAGGGCAGCUGGCCAGUGAAGAAGCUGCGGAUAUAACAUUGGAGGUCAAGGAGGCAGUGUCACUGGUGGAAGGACAAACCACAGAGACUAUGGUUGCGAUGACGACCCAGUCAUGACAUGACAGAGUGUGCCUUCCACAACACUUACUUAUCUGUCAACCAAGCCAGAAUGGUCAAGGAAAACAACAUGAGGAAGGAGCAACUGGUUUCACUAGAUAAUGUGUUCUUUUUUGAAAUGUUAUAACAGAGAUGUUGUUUUUUUAUGUUUCCAAUCUGUCCCUGCUCAAAUUAUAUUAGUAUUUGAGAGAUGAUUGCCAUUAUAUCUCUUGUCCUCUAGGUGCCACUGUUGCAAAGCUUUUCAUGACUAGUUGAAUGGAGCACAAGUUUCUUUGUAGUUGUUUCUGUUGUAUUAGGCAGUGAUGGGGGCGGUUUGUUGUUUAUGCUGUGAUAGACUGAUUUUCAUAGAUAUUGCCGAACAAUAUCUAUAAACGGUACCAAGAUUUUUAAGUGUGAAUUCACCCAUUUGUUUCCUUCAAACUGAUGAAGUCAUUUUUCCACUUAUGUCGGCUGAUAUUAUAGUAUAAAGAUUUGUAUUUUUGUCACUUUUGUCAUAGUACAUAGACUAUCUUGAGGCAUUUAAGUGUUUUAAGACCAUUACACUUGUGCUGCUAAUUUUAAAGGGAUGCAUUAGUUUCAAGGGGUCGAGGAUAUCUUUAUUAUCCCAAGGGGUAAUUUGUUGCGUAGUCAGUAUUACGAACAUAACCAACCAAGAAAAAAAUUAAUAUAUAAAAAAAAUUUAAAAAAAAACCAUAUUGGUAAAAAAAUA